AUGGCCACCAUCACAAAUAGUGAACUAGAGCCCUAUGCAAGGCAACGAAACCUCAAGUGCGAUCGAAGAAGUAGCAAACUUCCUUUUAUUCUUUGCUUCAACAGAUACCAUCACUUAGCCCCACUUCAGUCACUAGAUGUUCUUCCAGGACAGUACAAUGGAUAUGGGUUAUUAACAUCAAAGCUCUCUGUUUCCAGGGCACCAUCUCUAAAGAGCCUUCGCUUCAUAUCUUCUAAGUACAUCACUAAUGAAGGGUUGUUGGAGGCACUUAAUAAGUUUCCUGUGCUUGAGGAGCUUGAGCUUUCACUUUGCAAACAUGUUUUCGGGAAGGUAUACGAGGGUAUUAGCAUAGCCUGUCCACGCCUCAAAUGUUUGAAGGUCAACUAUCCUUGCUUCUAUAACAUCGAAGAUAUCGAGUAUAACAAGGAUGAGGAAGCUCUGGGGAUUGCAACAAUGUUUGUGCUACCCUCCCUUCAACUGUUUGGCAGCGAACUCACCAACGUAGGAUUGGCAACAAUCCUUGAUAAGUGCCCUCACCUUGAGUAUUUGGACAUUCGCCAUUGUUUCAAUAUCCACAUGGACAUCACCCUGCGUGCAAAGUGUGCUAGAGUAAAGACGAUGAGGCUUCCACAUGACUCAACUGAUGACUAUGAGUUCCAGAUUGAAAACCUAGUUCGAACACGUGCAAGGAAACCUAGGUGA